AUGGAUUGCAACAUUAUGUGUAAAACCUCACCUGUCCUUCACAGUUGCAACUCACAACUUAACCGACAUCAAAGAAGUCAUUCAGGUGAAAAGCGCUAUGAAUGCCUAGUGUGCGGAAAGAGAUUUACUCGCAGCACACACCUUAAGCAACAUCAAAGAAUUCACACAGGGGAGAAGCCCUAUGAAUGCCUAGAGUGCAGAAAGAACUUUGCUCACAGCGCACACCUUAAGGAACAUCAAAGAAUCCACACAGGGGAGAAGCCCUAUAAAUGCUUAGAGUGCGGAAAGAGCUUUACUCGCAGCACUUACCAUAGGAAUCAUCAAAGAACUCACACAGGGGAGAAGCCCUAUAAAUGCUUAGAAUGUGGAAAGAGCUAUAGUCAGAGCCAGUACUUUAGGUUUCAUCAAAGCACUCACACAGGGGAGAAGCGCUAUGAAUGCCUAGAGUGCGGAAAAAGCUUUGCUCACAGCACAGACCUUAAAAAACAUCAAAGAACUCACACAGGGGAGAAGCCCUAUGAAUGCCUAGAGUGCAGAAAGAGCUUUGCUCACAGGGCAAGCUUUAAAGAACAUCAAAGAAAUCAUACAGGGGAGAAGCCCUAUAAAUGCCCAGAGUGUGGAAAGAGCUUCAGUCAGAGUGCCCACCUUAGGCGACAUCAAAGCACUCACACAGGGGAGAAGCCCUAUGAAUGCUCAGAGUGUGGAAAGAGCUUUGCUCAGAGCACACACCUUAAGCGACAUCAAAGAAUUCACACAAAGGGGAUGCCAUAAAAGUGCUCAGAAUUUGGGAAGUGAUUCAAUCACAGAUUGCACUUUGCCUCACAUCAAAUGAUCCAUUUAGGUGAGGAGCGCUAUGAAUGUUUUGUUUGUAGAAAGCACUUUCAUUGGAAUACAUACUGUAACUUGCAUCGAAGAAUUGAUACAGGAGACAAGGCCUUUCCUCGUGAGAUUUGAACUCACUGCAUUUCUUUCCUGCUGUAGGCAUGGGGAACCAUUCGGGUGGUGGUUUUUGUUUUUUGGUGGUGACCCCCCGACAGUGGAACGAUCUUCCCUAUGAGGCUCGCCUGGCUCCAACAUUGUUAUCUUUCAGGCACCAGGUCAAGACUUUCAUCUCCUCCCAGGCAUUUAACGGCAUUGAACGCUAAGUUUGUUUUUUAAUGGACCCCAGAGAGGUUGUUUUAAAUGGAUGCUGCUGUUUUUAUACUGUUGUUUUUAUGUCUCUGAUGGCUUUUAAAUUUUGUAUAUUUUUAAUGUUUACUGUUUUUAGCUUUUGUGAACAGCCCAGAGAGCUUCAGCUGUGGGGCGGUAUGUAAAUCUAAUUAAAUAAAUAAAUCUCCCAA